GGCAAGUUCAUGAAACCUGAGAAGGUGGUGCUGGUCCUGGCUGGCCGCUACUCGGGACACAAAGUGCUCAUCAUGAAGAACAUUGAUGAUGGCACCUCAGACCACCCCUACAGCCAUGCCCUGGUGCUGGGAUUGACCGCUACCCCCCGCAAAGUGACAGCUGCCAUGGGCAAGAAGAAAAUCGCCAAAAGGUCCAAGAUCAAGUCUUUUGUGAAAGCUUAUAACUAUAAUCACCUCAUGCCCACAGGGUACUCCAUGGACAUCCCCUUGGACAAAACCAUCCUCAAUAAGGAUGUCUUCAGAGACCCAGCU